AAAAGCGGUAAUUGUUAUUGUUAGCUUGUAGCUUAGCGGACGAGCCUGUGAAUGGAGAUAUGACAGAGUAAUAACGUCUUAUUACAUGUGCACGAUUCAGUUAUUACAAACGUAAAGUGAUGGAGGACGGAAACAGGACUGAUGCUGCCUCCACAUCCAAGAGCCACGCAGGCUCACUCCACCUGCAGACUCCUAAAAAUGAGGAUGCAUAUGAAAUUGCCAUCCCCUAUGAAGAGAACAACUUUGAACAGCAAGGAUUUUUCAACCAGAGCGAUCAAAACUUUGAAGAUUCAACCCCACCUGCUGGCCCGUCUCCAGUCAACAACUCAUACAUGGUGAUCACCAACCUGCGGACCCAGCUACAGAUCUCUCUGGAGAAAAACUCCUGGCUGCAGAAAAGAAUUGAAGAUUUGGAAGAGGAGAGGGACUUUCUGCGUUGCCAGCUGGACCGCUUUAUAUUUUCCACAAAGAGCCAUGGACAGGAGCAGAGUCAGAGCCAGUACAGUAACGGUUAUGAAUCUAGACGAUUUAACUGGAGGGCAAGGAGAGAGGAUGAUCGUCCCGCUGAGCAACAGAAGACGGAUUCACAACAUUUUCCCUCACGUCCGUUUAUCCAGCGAAGGCCUGGUCCUCCAACUAUGGUGCCUUCUAAAAACCAUGUCUCCAGUCCACUAACCAAUCAGCUCGCUUCUAUUAAUGCUCUGUUCAACUCUACACAGUCACAGGCUCUCUUGCAAGGCCAUAGCCAUAGUACUUCUAACACCACAGCCAGUGGAAGUAGCAGCAACAGCAACAGUGCUACAAGGUCAUCCAUGAAUGAAAUGAGUGGACAUAGCAACGUGGGUCCAGAUUCACUUUCACUCUUGGGAGAAUCUGAUGAGUACUUGGGUGAGGAUGGCUACCUCGAGGAGGAGGAAAUGAUAUCAGGGGAAGAUGUGAUGGCAGAUACCAUCAACAGCAACAGACACCAGUUAAAGAGAAGACGGGUUUUCCGAGCGCCUAGAGAGCGGCAGAGAGUGAAAGACGCUGCUGGAGUUCUCUUUCGCUAUAAGAAGAUCCUGCUUACAUACCAGCGUCUGAAAAAUAUGUCCAAAGCUUUCCAAAUCCACGGUGUGGACCGCAACACAGUGGCCUCCACCACACCCAUCGCUGAGCUGCUACUAGUGGCCCCAGAGAAGGUGGCAGAGGUGGGCGAGUUUGACCCAUCCAAGGAGAAGCUUCUGGACUAUGCCCGACGCUGCUACACUGCCCUGGAUGAGGAGACACUCAGCAGGGUGCAGGCCCUAAAGAAGAACAACCUGCUCCUGCCCAUCUCCUACAGGUUCAGACACUAAGGGGAGAAAGACAGAGGAAGUGGGAGUGUCUCUGGACAACAGUGGAGUUGGUGGUUAGGUGAGGAGGCUAGCUUACCUUUGAGACACAGAGAAGUCCAGAAGUAUGAGAAUCAUUUUGCUCUCUCAGCGUCCUGGAUAUGGCCAUGAAAACUGCGGCUGAGAUCCUCAGACAAAUCAACUUUUCACUUCUCACUUUUAUUAUCAAGAUGUCCAUGUACAGGAAUAUUAGUUUCUUCAACAAAUCCUCACCAUUCCAAUAACAUUGAGGACGUGGAAGUCCUUGCUGCAGCUGGAAAGGGAAAAAAAACACAGUUCCCACUGCUCAAAGAGCAAAAUUGUGAGCAAGAUUGUGUGUUUACCAUUAGCAUUAUAGACAGGACUGAUUUUCUGAGUGUAACUAGCUCAUUCAUGUUUGACACACAGACCUUUUCUGAACAUCCCGAUUAGCCCGAGGCCAGUAGUUCAUUAAUUGUCUAGAUCAGAUCCUGACAAAUUUUAAAAUAUAGCCAUUUUUAUCACUUUAUUUAUGUGCAAUUUUAUCCUACAAAUAUGGUAGUUUUCUGUCACAUUGUCCGUUAAAAUCAAACUUUUGUAGAAUUAUGUUUUAAGUAAUAACCAUUUCCUUUUGUUUAUAUUGCUUGUUGUGUCUUUGUGGUAUUAUUUUUGGAAUCACGUCAUCAACCAUUUUCACUUUCGCCUUAAUGCAAUUUUUGUUAUUUCCGCAGAAAGUCACUGCGUUCUCUUCUCCUUUCUAUUCUGGUUUAAAGGAAGCCAGAACUGAUAUAGUAAUGUCUAGUCCAGCAUUAUGUGGUGCAAAUGUGUUUUUAACAGUAACAACAAGAGGAACUUGUUUUGAGUUGAAAAUCAAAAGACAGACACAACAUAUGUGGGUGAUAUUGUAUGUGUUUGACUUGUAAUAAUAUCGCUAUGUUGGUCUUGGGCCAAGUUUUAACUACAGUGCUGCUGCAUUACUCUGUUGUUCCACUAAGAGUUGUACCAACACUUAAAAUACAGUGUCACUUGGUAUAGUAUUGAGGCUCUUGUAAUGCUUCGGUGACAAUAAUACCUUUUGUAAAAUACGGUACAGAGCGUUUACUAAACUAGUCAUUUGUAACAUGGUUGAACUUUUGGAUCUGUGUGGACUUGAAUCACACAAACAAUUUUACAGUGUGAGUUACAGCAUCAGCAAACUAACUUGUGCACAUGGAGGAUCUAUUAUUGCUCCCCAGUGCUCCACCACAAAUAUACGUGAAAAGAGCUCUGCGAUGGUUUAUAGAGAUCUUGUCAAAAUUUGUAUAUUCAAAGCGGCAGACAUGUUGAUUAGAUUGUAUGACAACAAGUGGCGUUUAAAACAGUAAAGUGGAAUGAUAAGAUCUCUCUAUAUAAAAACAGAUUACAGUGAAAAGGACCAGUGUGUAGGAUUUAGUGGUGUACUUCGUCUCAGCCUCUCCAUCCUACUGUAGCAUGAAGAAGAAACUACAGUGCACAAAAAACAUUGAUUGCCCUCUAUAGAGGCAGUGUUUAGUUUGUCCAGUCUGGGCUACUGUAGAAACACGAGUUCAACAUUGUAGAUAUUCAGUAAAUAGAGCCCCUUAAAUCUUACACACUGGACCUUUAAAUUUCCAUAUCUCCUGACAGUAAACAGACAUAGAUACUCCAAGACUAUUUGAGUGAUUGUGUGGCUAAAUAAGGAGCUAUUUACGGUGCAGUGCAGACUUUGCAAAAUCAUACCAGGGUGCUGUGUUUAAAAAAAAAACAUUAAUCUGUUUGUCUCAUUUUUAUGUGUCAUAUUUACGUGUAUCGAAUGAAAUGUAUUUCACUGAAACAAUGCCUAUCAGUCACCAAAUGUACAGUAAGACUCAGAUGUCGUUAAGGCUUAUGAUUGAGGACUUAAAAUAUGGAAGCCCCAUGCAGUCAUACAUACAUAUGAUUUAUUUCCUCCGGUUUCUCGUGAUAAUGAGUUAAAUUCAUUUGUUUAUCGAGAGCUCAAAUUAAAUAAUUGCAACUGUAACUGUAAUAAUGAUGUUUCAUUUAAUAUACUAGACUAUCCUUUGGUUUUCUCACAAUCUUAAAUUAAUUAUGUUGUUAUCUUGAGAAAAAUUAUCCUGUUAUCUCAGGAUAACAUUUAUUUUGAUGCAAUGACAGAAUAAAUAACUUGAGAUGAUGAGAAAACAACUGAAAUCAGCUCGUUAUCAUGAGAAAACUGAGGAAAUAAAAUGUUUGAUCGCUUAGGGCUUCUGUAUUAAAGUGGUUUUUAUAGUAUGUUAAUCCUGUCUUUGGGGAAGUGAGCAUACAUAAAUGUAUGUCCGAAAAAAAAAAAAUUCUCUCUUUUAAGCAAAAGAAAAUGCAUUAUGCAUUUCAGCUAAAAGGAAAUGCGGCUUUACUUUGAGCACUUUAUUUCGUAAUUUCCAGUUUCAGUUAAAUCAAUGUAGUGAGAACUCUAUCCUUGGAGGAAAACACUGAAUAUGAUCUUUAUGACAUAAAGAGUUUGUGAAUAUUUUUUUGUUAAUUUGAUAAACCCAGUGUUAACAUUUUUGAAUUUCAAUAAAUCUGAUGAUCAGUAA